CGCACACACUCGCAGAUGCAUGUAUUUGGAUCCGACAAUUUUCAUUCUCGCCGGAGUCAAACGUACAACUUGGAAGUUGGCCGUAUUGCCCUUCGGCUGAAGAUAAGCCACCAAUACAGGAGAGAAAAGUGGCGAUAAGAUGAAAGGCGGAUUCGUGGUCGUGCAGCCGGCGGGAAACGCCGGGCGCAGGGCGAGGGCGAGCGGGUCCACGCAAUCCACGCUGACGCGCGUGGACGCCUCGCGGAUGUUCUGCGUUCGGAUACGAGUUAUUCAUACGCCGCGCCGACGGCCGCGGACGUAAGAGCCUCUCCGGAGCCCCGAGUCCUCGCUGGGCGUGACGCGAGCCUGCUGGGAGAAGACGAUUCCUGCGUCGAAGGCUGCAAUCCGGGGGCUUGACGCGAUCGGCGAUUCGUGUCGCGUGCCAAUGAUCGACGCGCAUUGAUAUAAAAAUUUCUGUCGUCCGUACGCGCAGAGCGGACGAAUCCGGACGUCGAAGGGUGAUCGGAGGUUCUGUGCCCACUCUGCGAAACACCAGGCCGAGUGUAGUCUUUACCAAGAAAUUUGAAAGCAUAUGAUUGCCUAAAUAGAAAACGCACGCCACUUUUGUGCAAUAUUGGACCAACAAUCUAGUCGAAUAUCAGGCGUCACUUUUACAAAUUUUAUUAAUCCUAUCCAAACGGAAAUUACGACCAAGAUUUUCUUGCGCCUCGACGCAAUUAUGUUGACGCUAGUUGGCUUGUACGCGUGCUUUUAUUUAUUGCGGUUCGCGAGCAGCUCUACUUUGGUAGCGCCGCCUCUGUCGGCUCUGGUAGUCGCGUUUGAGAGCGUUUAUGACCUAUCACUGUUGGCCAAUACUCUGUCGGAUCAGGGGAUCGACACGACGUUGAUUAUACCAACGUAUGCAGCUAACGAUCUUUAUAACAAACUGAUAGACGUUGAGGUAUUGCACCUCGACGUCGAUAAAUCGUUGCGUACGGACAAACGCGCAUUGGAGACGUGCGACAAUCUCUUCGGGGACAAGGAGAUACUGAAGAAAGUACAAGAGUUUCAACCCACGUUCACUAUAUUUCCAGCGUUAAGACACGAUGGCUGCUUGCUUCCAUUUGCGAAGCACAUUGGAUCCACUCCGGUAAUCUGGAUGCAGAACUCGGAUGAGGAACUCUACGUAUUCGAGUGCACUAGAGUUGCUCUGCCGGUUCAUAACGGCGGAUUCUGGUCAAGGCUCUCGACAAGUUUCUCGGGGAGGACCAUAUUUUCCGCUGCUAAGAACGAUUAUCUGAUUCCCGCUCUACGACUAGUGGCCAAACAUCUACCGGACGUCAACGUCGAUCUGGAGCACCUCUACUCGGAUGUUCGACUGGUGCUCUGGGGAGGCGACGCAGUGUUACGUUCCGACUUUGCAUCUUUAACGGAGCUACUCGUGGAGGUUGGCUGCCAUCACUGCAGAGGCGCACAUCCCUUACCCGAGAAGCUGCAAAAGUCAUUAGUCGAAUAUAGGACGGGCACCGUCGUUGCUCUUUUAGAAGAGACUUAUGUGACGUUGAUACAAGAGCUGGCAAAGAAAUUGCCUCAAGGCAGGGAAGGUCAAGCUGUCGUCUGGAGGAGUAAGAGCGAUUCAGCUGUUGCCUCGCCGGAAAAUCUUUUCAUCGAUGAGCACGUCGACCGGCAAGAUCUCAUAGGUUAUAGCCGAACCCGAGUGGUGUUGAGUCAUUGUACCGAUGUGGAAUUCCUGGAAGCUGCCUUUCACAGGGCACCCUUGAUAUGUCUGCCGAGGGACGUUGACGAGUCUCGCAACGCGGCUCGCGCGAUCGAGUUGGGUUUCGCGCGCACCAUGGAGGCCGCGAACGACCACGCCUCGGCUGUGGAGCUCGCGCAGAUAGUGCACGAGAUCCACGAGACGGUGGCUUAUCGCGAAAACGCACGGAAGGUCUCUGUGGCGAUGCGCGACAGAUUGAACCCGCCCUCCGACAGGCUUGUCUAUUGGUUGGGCUACGUCGCGAGGACGAGGGACGACACCGAGAAAUUCCAUAAGCCGAAAAGUCAGGCGAGCACACUCACGGAGGACAUUCGGUUCUUCGUUGGCCUUCUGGUGGGUGUGAUCUGCGGGAUCGUUUGUACGGGCAGCGCGGUUGUCGCACGUUAUCUUAUGAAGGCUAACAAAGUGCAAACAACGAAGGGACGAUACACGCAGUGAGCGUGCUUCAUUGAGACUCGAUAUACGCAUGCAUGGACAUUUCCGUAUAUGUAUAUUUAUAUAAAUGCACGUAGAAUACAGGUACAUACGAAUACAAAGGUUUUACGAACUAGGAUUUAUCUCAUAGUUAGCGAAGAGACAAUUUUGCUAUUACUAUUAUUAUUACGAGAACACCUUCUCAUAAUUUGACUGAAGAGACUACGAGUCUAAUGAAGUGUGAUGUAUUAUCGUGAAGAAAAUAAAUUACAGUUUGUCAAUA